AUGGGGCAACGCUACGUUCAUGUGCGCCAACCUUUGCCUACCUGCUGCUCCCUUUCCUCUCCCCCGUCCCGUGCCAGCAGCUCCGCCACCCGUCCCAUCGCCACGCCCUCCUCCCCGACCUCCGGCCCUCCCUCCUCCUCUCUCUCCGCCUCUGCCUCGGCCUCUCCCUCUCCCUCGUCCUCCUCCCCUCACCUCGCCUCCUUCGCCUAUCCCUUCGCCUAUCCCAUCGCCCAAGCCUCCGCCCAGCCCACCGCCUCGCCAUCCGCCCCGACCACCGCCCCGUCCUUUCACGCGCUCACCUCCGCGCUCAUCUCCGUGGCCCCCACCUCGCCCUCUGCCUCGCCCCACUCCACGCGCUUGCCGGGGUUGCUCUGGUAUUUCUUCUUCGCGGCCACGUUUCCUCGCAGCACGUUUGGCGUUCUGCAGCAUGCUUCCACGUCCCGCGGCAACAGGAGCAUUCAGCAUCUCCAUUGCUUUCGCCUUACCCCGCUCCAACGCCCUCUGCGCCUCAACAUCCUCAUCCAUUGUCGACGCCUGGCUCUGUUGUGUGGCCAUUGCAUGCGCUCCAGGGUACAUGAUCUGCUCGAUGUCGUCAUCAUCUUCAGCUCCAUGACUGUGCGGCUGAAUAGGUACGCCACCUUCUCCGGCGUCGCCUGCAGCGCCGUUCUCUUCAUCGCAUCGGUCUUCCUCGCCCGCAUAUCCUUCACCCUCCUCUCCCGCAACUCCAUCCCCCCCCUCGCCCGCAUAUCCUUCACCCUCCUCUCCCGCAACUCCAUCCCCCCCCUCGCCCGCAUAUCCUUCACCCUCCUCUCCCGCAACUCCAUCCCCUCCCUCUCCCGCAUAUCCUCCCCCCUCAACUCCCGCAACUCCAUCCCCCCCCUCGCCCGCAUAUCCUUCACCCUCCUCUCCCGCAACUCCAUCCCCCCCUCGCCCGCAUAUCCUUCCCCGUGCUCUCCCGCACCUCCAUCCCCUCCCUCUCCCGCAUAUUCUUCCCCCUCCUCUCCCGCAACUCCAUCCCCCCCCUCUCCCGCAUAUCCUUCCUCCUCCUCUCCCGCAACUCCUCCCCCCCCCUCUCCCGCGUAG